CCGCUGGGCCCGCCGGCUGCACUCAGGGUCCCGGCGGCGCGCACCGGCUGAGCGAGGGCCCAGGGCCUUGGCGGCUGCGGCGGCUACUUUGGCGUCCGUGAGGGGGCGGCCCGGGGUCAGGAUGCGGCGGAGCCCCCGCCCGGGCUCAGUCGCGUCCCCGCACAAGCACACGCCCAACUUUUACAGCGACAACAGCAACAGCUCAGUGAGCGUCACCUCGGGGGACAGCAGCGGGCACCAGUCAGCUGGGCCGGGGCCCGGGGAGCCCAAGGGCAGAAGAGCCCGGGGCUCGAGCUGCGGUGAGCCUGCCUUGAGCGCAGGAGUGUCCGGAGGAACCAAAUGGGCUGGAAGCUCUCGGCAGAAGCCGCCGCCUCGGAGCCACGAUGGGCGGACCGCCUGUGGCGCGGCAACCGUGAGGGGCGGGGCCUCGGAACCGGCUGGCUCUCCCGUUGUCUCUGAGGAGCAGCUCGACCUUCUCUCGACCCUGGAUCUGAGACAGGAGAUGCCUUCUCCGCGAGUGUCCAAGAGCUUCCUGAGCCUACUCUUCCAGGUGCUGAGCGUGUUGUUAUCCCUGGUAGGAGACGUGCUGGUCGGUGUGUACAGGGAAGUCUGUUCCACCCGCUUCCUGCUCACGGCCGUGUCACUGCUGAGCCUCUUUCUGGCAGCACUCUGGUGGGGACUCCUGUACCUGGUCCCUCCUGCAGAGAAUGAACCUAAGGAGAUGCUGAGUCUAAGCGAGUACCACGAGCGCGUGCGCUCCCAGGGGCAGCAGCUGCAGCAGCUCCAGGCUGAGCUGGAUAAACUCCACAAGGAGGUGUCCAGCGUUCGCGCAGCCAACAGCGAGAGGGUGGCCAAGCUCGUAUUCCAGAGGCUGAAUGAGGACUUUGUGCAGAAACCCGACUAUGCGCUGAGCUCUGUGGGAGCCUCCAUCGACCUAGAGAAGACAUCCCACGACUACGAGGACGCGAACACCGCCUACUUCUGGAAUCGCUUCAGUUUCUGGAACUACGCGCGGCCGCCCACGGUUAUCCUGGAGCCAGAUGUGUUCCCUGGGAAUUGCUGGGCUUUUGAGGGCGACCAGGGCCAGGUGGUGAUCCGACUGCCGGGUCGUGUGCAGCUGAGCGACAUCACCCUGCAGCACCCACCGCCCAGUGUGGCCCACACCAGGGGAGCCAACAGCGCUCCCCGCGACUUCGCAGUCUAUGGCCUCCAAGUUGAUGACAAGACUGAGGUUUUCUUGGGGAAAUUCACCUUCGACGUGGAGAAAUCUGAGAUUCAGACUUUCCACCUACAGAAUGACCCCCCAGCUGCCUUUCCCAAGGUGAAGAUCCAGAUUCUAAGCAACUGGGGCCAUCCCCGUUUCACGUGCUUGUAUCGAGUCAGAGCCCAUGGCAUGAGAACCUCAGAGGGGACAGGGGAUAGUGCCACAGGGGGGGCACAUUAAACAUGCUGAUGGUUG